CUGUCUUAACGGUCGCUUUGACGCGCAGCUCAGAAGCCCAACGUGGAGGAGAGAGGAUGUGGGUAUGCUGACAUCUGCAAGCCAGAGGUUUAACUGGAGGACGACCGCAGUCAGGCUGGCGAACGACGGCCUGAGCAACCUCGAAGAAACUCCGAGACAUGUAACUUGUCGUCAAGAGCCUUGUGUCCUGUAGGGCACCCAGAAGCUCGGGGGGAGGCUUUCCGUCAUGAGGGGGCGUUGCUCUCGCAAACUGGGCGUGCUGGCAAAGGCCGGCUUCCUGCUCUGGGUGCUGUGGCUGGGCUACAUUCUGCUCGCACCGUCCUCUUUCCCCUCCCCGUCAUCCGUCGACGAUGAUGACGAGAAACGCAGCCUUCAGGAGAGGCAGCUCUCUGUGGAGGAGAGCGGGGCUGACGGGUUGCUGGCUCGGCCCUUCUACGAAAAGUCACCGCCCGACAGCAAUGCACCCGGGGAGUGGGGUCGGGCCACGCACCUCAGCCUCAGCCCUGAAGAGAAGAAACAGGAGCAGGACAGCGUGGAGCGCUACGCCAUCAAUAUCUACGUCAGUGAUAAGAUUUCCCUCCAUCGACACAUCCAGGACCACAGGAUGAAUGAAUGCCGAAGUAAGAAGUUUGACUACCGGCGUUUACCUACCACCUCUGUGAUCAUAGCCUUCUACAACGAGGCCUGGUCCACCCUGCUGAGGACCAUUCAUAGUGUCCUGGAGACCACACCUGCCAUCCUGUUGAAGGAGAUCAUCCUCAUUGAUGACUACAGUGACCGAGGCUACCUGAAGUCCAAACUGGCUGACUACAUUAGUGAUCUGGAGCGUGUGCGCCUCAUCCGCACCAACAAAAGGGAGGGUCUCGUCCGGGCGCGUCUGAUCGGUGCCACCUAUGCUACCGGUGAUGUACUGACAUUCCUCGAUUGUCACUGUGAGUGUGUCCCGGGCUGGAUUGAGCCUCUGCUGGAAAGGAUUGGUGAGAACGCCAGUACCAUUGUGUGCCCCGUGAUCGACACCAUUGACUGGAACACCUUCGAGUAUUACAUGCAAACGGACGAGCCGAUGAUUGGGGGUUUCGACUGGAGGCUCACCUUUCAGUGGCACUCCGUCCCUGAAGUGGAACGCAAGAGGCGCAAGUCUCGCAUUGACCCCAUUAGGUCUCCGACAAUGGCAGGUGGAUUAUUCGCUGUGAGCAAAACCUACUUUGAGUACCUGGGCACAUACGACAUGGGCAUGGAGGUCUGGGGAGGAGAAAACCUGGAGCUCUCCUUCAGGGUGUGGCAGUGCGGGGGCAGUCUGGAGAUUCUCCCCUGCUCUCAUGUGGGCCACGUGUUCCCUAAAAAGGCCCCUUACGCGCGGCCCAACUUCCUGCAGAAUACCGUACGAGCUGCAGAGGUUUGGAUGGACUCUUAUAAACAACACUUCUACAACAGGAACCCCCCGGCCCGGAAGGAGAGCUAUGGGGAUGUCUCAGAGAGGCUGCUUCUGAGGGAGAGGCUGAAAUGCAACAGUUUUGACUGGUAUCUGAAGAAUAUCUACCCUGACCUACAUGUGCCUGAGGACAGGGCAGGCUGGCACGGAGCUGUACGGAGCUUGGGGAUUCACUCCGAAUGUCUGGACUACAACGCUCCGGAGCACAGCCCCACCGGUUCCCACCUCUCUCUGUUUGGCUGCCACGGCCAGGGCGGCAACCAGUACUUUGAAUACACGUCUCAGAAGGAGAUCCGCUUCAACUCGGUGACGGAGCUGUGUGCUGAGGUACCCGAGGGGCAGACCUUCAUCGGGAUGCGGCACUGCCCUAGCGAUGGGGAGGUCAAACCACCGAGUAUCAUCUGGGAGUUCAGACAGGACGGGACCAUCUACCACCCUCACUCUGACAUGUGUUUGACAGCGUACCGCACGCAAGAAGGCCGCACGGACGUCCAGAUAAGGCGGUGCACCGCGGAAGACAAGACCCAGCAGUGGAAGUUUGAGUGGUAGGAGGAGGAAGAGCGAAAAAGUGGCAGGGAACCUCAAGUGACCUUGUUUGGCCAUAGUGCAAUUACUACAGUGGAUGUCUUCUCCGCUGCUCUCUAAGUCUGCACUGAAUGGGAAUGGAGAGCAAAAAAAAAACAAAUAAAAAAACCCCUAAAGGUGGUGAAAAGGUCAUUUUAAGCCAAUGAUUCACCCAAUUCAACCCGUUUAUAGCCGUGUGAAUGGCACGGGAAUUGCAAGGAGAGGUUUAUUUGGUCCUUUUAAGCAGACCAGCUGAACUUCAGACUCCCGUGUUGCUCAACCAAGUGCCUCUGCAACCAGAAGCGGAAUCCAGCACACACCCGAAGUGUCAUUAUUAUUAUUCUUAUCACGUGUUCUUGCAUCUAACGCGAUGACACGAAAGCUGCGGAAAAAAAAAAACUGAUCCUGACUGACCAGCACACGAAAGAAGUGCCUUUUAAAUGAAAUGGAGACGAAGCAUUUUUCUAGAAAAAAAAAAAAAAAAAGACGACAUGCAAAAAUCCUGCUGCACUCCAAAACGAUACCUUGAUGUGCAAUUGAUAUGAAUUGUUAAAUCCUCGCUUGUUUUUUUUUUUAUUUUACUUGGUCAAAAAAAAAAAAACCAACACAUUUUUAAAGAGGAGCUGCUCAAAGAGGACGCGCCAGGAAUGUAAGGUCAGCAGCAUUUUUGCCCUGAACCAGCCACUUCCUAACAUGCUCCAUCAUGUGAGAGGAAGAAGCAGGGAGAGAGCGAGCGCUGCGGUCAUACUAGACUGCCUCUCAAUUGUAUCUCGUGCCUGUGGAGCCAGUUUCGGGGGAGAAUGCUGCCUGAACAAGACUUGAAGCAAUCAUUACGCAUUUUUAACCAAGUGCAAUCUGCCCCAGAGGGCCAAGCGAGUUGACAGGAAUGUUGUUAUCUCUUCUUCCCUGUUGUGUAAAAAUUUACAAUACUUUUAAAAGCUGUCAGCGUGCCUUCGAAAGGUUGUCACCCUAAAAGAACUUGUUUGUGCCGAAAUGAAACGUGCCAGUGGAUGUCACACGUAUUCAGAACAUUUUUUAAAAUGCUAAAACAACACUGGCUCGAUGCACUUGAUCUUAUUUAGACACAAGAAGCCUUAAAGGUAGCGCUUGUUUAAUUUAAUCCUUCAACUUGGCUGUGCCAGACUGUUUUGUUAAGACUCCUGUGUGUAAACUGUACUUGAAACGGCAUCAAAAAAUACUCCUGUCUUGUUGUGUUUUUUCUUUCUUUUUUUUUUUUCUUCCACUGAAGACCGUGUCGGUGUUUCUACUGGGAUUCGAGGAGCGAGAGACGCAGUGAAACUGUUGUUGAAAUGUUUGUUGAAUAGCAGCUGUAUUUGCCUAAGACUGCUUAUCACUGAGCAGUGUUUGGCGUCUGUGGCCCUUUGACUUAAUGAAUAUGAGAUAUUCACGCGAGUCAUUGGAUACAGUGGGUAAACAUGUAGGAAGGCUCCUGUUUUGUGUUACCUUUUUGUAAAUAAUGUUUGGUUUAAGGGACCAGAGUCGGGCAAUGGUAUUGUAAAGCACCUCUAAAACUACUGAUAAUGCAAAAAGGGAUGACGACGACGAUGAUUACUUGACAUGAAGGAGAAGGUGACUGACAUGAAAUGGACGGAUGGAUGUUUUGAGGUUGAUUAAAGCUGUUUGUUGGGAUGAUUGAAAGAAUUAAAAAAAAAACUAACCACCGUU